CACAGGGAUGGGUAAAGGUGGUCAUGAUUCCGGAUCAGGCAAAUAUUUUGCAAUAGAAAAAACAUUUCACAAAGGGCCUUGGACAUCAGCUGAAGACCAACUUCUGAUAGGUUAUGUUGAUAAACAUGGUGAGGGUAAUUGGAACGCUGUUCAAAAGCACUCUGGCCUUUCUCGCUGUGGCAAAAGCUGCCGCCUUCGUUGGGUGAAUCAUCUGAGACCCAGUUUGAAAAAAGGCUCUUUUACCGACAAGGAAGAGCAGCGUGUCGUUGAACUUCAUGCUUCUAUGGGUAACAAAUGGGCACGAAUGGCUGCACAACUACCGGGCCGAACAGAUAAUGAGAUAAAGAAUUUCUGGAACACGAGGCUGAAGAAACUGCAGCGACUUGGCCUACCCAUUUACCCUGACGAAGUUCGGGAGCAAGCAAUGAAUGCAGCGGCUCAAAAUGGUCAAAACUCAGAUCAUAGUCAAGAGUCAUUGGAGCCAGACUGUCUCGAGAUCCCUGAAUUCGACUUCAAGUACCUACAACUCAAUAACUACCAGUCGGUGCUUCUUCGCAAUGUUCCCAUGGGUAACAUGAUGAAACACUGUUCCUUUCAGCCUAAUAUGUACAACUUGAUAGGAUCUCCUUACAUGUCGCCUAACCGCAAACGCGUUAGGGAACAGGAAACAGAUUUUCUUGACACGGGUGAUUAUGCUACCAACGAGCAAAGUGCUCAGCUCUGGAACCAGAAACAGUUCCAUGUUGUACCAGAAAGUCAUUUGCUUGGCAAUGCUACUACGUAUUCUUCUCCUCCUUCUGAGCCCGAGGCCGAGAAGUUGGAGCUCCCUUCAUUCCAAUGUUUUGACCCUCCUGGCGAUUGGGAAACGCAACACUCUAACCCAAUGCCGGCAGUUGAGUCAGACAGAACUUUAGUUCAGUCCCCUCUCACAGAUUGUCCAUCUUCUGGGUUGUUGGAGUCAGUUGUAUAUGGAUCAUCAGGUGAAAAACAGGCAACAAAUAGUACUGAUCCAGAUUCACCGCUUCUGCUUCAGUCUUCUCUAUUUGGCCAUAUCGAGCUUACGCCAGCCUUUGAAAACAAUACAGAAACAGAUAUGUUUCCUUUCGGUCCAACUUCUUCUAGUGAGAGAGGCACAUCUCUUGAGAGUGGUGAUUGGAUAAGACAACUUCUUGGUGAGGAUAGGGACUACACCAAGUAGAUGUGGAUUCUUUUGUCGCUUUUAUAAGCAACCAUCGUUACCGCCACGAGAUUAUAAUAAAUAUUUUGAUCAACCAGCUUGA